AUGAUUUUGCAAAGUUUGAACAUCAGUCUGGUUUUUACCAGUUAUGGACCUCCUGGUGCACUUAAUUAUGGAGUUUUUGUAAUCUCUCUUGCAGUAUAUCUUACAACUGUAUUUGCAAAUGUAAUAUUGAUGCUGGUGAUCUGCUUGGACACAUCUCUCCAUAAGCCCAUGUACAUAUUUUUAUUCAACCUGGCUAUUAACGGACUAAUCGGCUCCUCUGCUGUGCUUCCUAAAAUAAUGGAGAAUCUUAUCAAUGAUGCAAAAGAUAUACUAUAUACUGACUGUAUUCUGCAAGUAUUCUUUAUUAAUGUUUAUGGAACAUGUGCUUAUGCAAUACUGACACUUAUGGCAUAUGAUAGGUAUGUUUCAAUUUGCAAGCCUCUACAAUAUCACAAUAUCAUGACUCCAGCUAAAAUUAGACUUCUGCUUUUCAUUGUAUACUGUAUUCCUAUCUGCUCUCUAGCUGUACAGGUGUAUCUUACAUCAAGGCUGCCAGUGUGCAGGUAUACAAUAAACAAGUUGUUUUGUGACAAUUUGGCGGUUGUUAAUCUCUCCUGUGUCAAAAAUACCUGGGGAGACCUGUAUGGCAUAUGUCUGGUACUUAUUUUUGUUGUUCUACCUCUAAUCUUUGUCAUCUUAUCAUAUGUGCGGAUAUUAUUUGUCUCUUUGAAUGCAUCAGUAAGUGCGGAAAAGGCUCUAAAAACAUGCACACCACACUUGAUUACUUUUAUAAAUUUCUCACUGGCCUCCUUAUUUUCUGUGAUAUACAAUCGAUUUAAUUUCAGUCUUUCAAAAGAAGUUAAUGUCUUUAUGUCAAUUCAUUUUAUCCUCAUCCCUCCACUUCUGCAUCCACUUAUUUAUGGAAUUAGAACAAAGGAGAUCAGCAAUAGCAUCACAAAAAUAUUU